GAGCUCACAGGAAAGGUGGAGAAUCCAAAGCUUUCCCUAUAAAUAUGAUCCCUCUCCUAGUGCAUGGUGCAUUCAGCUUCAAGCCAAUCUCAGAUCACUGGCGUCCUCAUCACAGCCCUCUCCACCAUGAAGGUCCUUGGGGGUCUCCUUCUGCUCCUCACAGCAAGCUAUCUCUGCAACAGCUCAGAAGUGACCACAGUCACCAGUCACCCUUCAGUGACGUUGGACUGCAGCAUAUACAAGAAGUACCCAGUGGUAGCCAUCCCCUGCCCCAUUGAAAACAUGCCAGUUUGUGGUUCAGACUAUAUCACCUACGGGAAUAAAUGCAAGCUGUGUACAGAGAUCUUGAGGAGUAAUGGAAAAAUUCAGUUUCUUCAUGAAGGGCACUGCUAACGUCUCCAUGGACAAAGAAGGAACAAUGAGACCUCCACUGUAAGCAUCAUGUGUGGGCUCUGACAGACUUGCCUUCUCUCCUGAUGUUCUAGUGGGAUCAGAUCUAGACUCAGUCAUCCCCAGUGACUGUGCAGUCAACUCUACUGACUCAUGUCCCCUGUCAAAUGACCUUCUUU